AUGUCCGCCACCAACAACACCAAGGCAGCAGCCAUCCCCAGCGAGGAUAUUCUUAGCCGCAAGUGGGACGAGUGCCUCUCGAACGUCAUCGUCAAGUCCGGAAUCGGUCUCAGUGUCGGUAUCGUCGCCUCCGCCCUCGUCUUUAAGAAGCGUUCGUGGCCCAUCUCGGUGUCGACUGGUCUUGGAUUAGGAUACGCUCUUUCACAAUGCGAGCGCGACUUCAACCCCACCUUGGUCCCCGUCGCCAAGUACCAGGACAAGAAGUAA